UCAUGCUCGUUUCGCACAUUAAUAUAGCAGAGUCGUGGUUGGUCUGAUUGCAACAAAUGGCUGUGUUUUACAGGUUAAAAUUAUGUGAAUCUCUUUAACGAUAACGAAGGGAACUAAUAAUUGAUGGGAUUAAAAAAUGUCACAGCAAACUAGUCUCGCACAGACUACAAGUGCAGGAUCAGACAUGACACCUGUGCUUGGCAGUAUACAAUCAAUUGGACCUAAUACUCAGGCAUCGUCUACCGUGUCUAAUAUACAAAGUGGCAAUGCAGUAGUACAGAUUUUGCAGCCUCAAACUCAAUCUCAACAAACGCAGUUUAUAACGCAACCACCAAAACAGCAAGUAGCUCAACAACCUUCUACACAACAGCAACAACAACAAAGUUCCUUCAAUGAUUUUCCACAGUUUUUAACUAAGACCCGGCUACAAGAUCUUGUCAAGGAGGUAGAUCCCACUGAACAAUUAGACGAAGAAGUCGAGGAAAUGCUCUUACAAUUGGCAGAUGACUUUGUGGAAACAACUGUAAACGCUGCAUGCUUGUUAGCUAAACAUCGUCAUGCCAACACUGUAGAAGUAAAAGAUGUUCAAUUACAUUUAGAAAGAAAUUGGAAUAUGUGGAUCCCUGGUUUUGGUACAGACGAGGUGCGCCCAUAUAAACGAGCAACGGUCACAGAGGCUCAUAAGCAGAGAUUGGCACUUAUACGAAAAUCAAUCAAGAAAUAUUAGUCUUCCUACAUAUUUUACCUUCUAUAUCUGUUGUUAUUUUAUCUUUAAGUGACAAUUUUUUUUAUAUUUACAUGACAGUAUGUUUAUAAUAACUUCGUCACGGAUAGUUGUAAGGCAAUGAAAAUUACGAAUUGUACAUGGUUUUUGCAAUGUAUAAUUUCAAGUAUAAUGUGUCUUUAAAAUUGAAUAAUAACUAAAGUACUACUCUUGAAGUAAAUUAGUAAUAAUAGCUUAAGUAUGAUACAAAUAAGGAAUAGAUAAAUUGAAUAUUAAA